AUGAAUAUAAUAAUAGUAUUAAAUAUUAUUAAUAAUAUAUUUAAUAAUAAAAAAUAUAAAUAUAAUUUUUUUAUUAAAUUAUAUUUAAAUAAUUAUAUUAAAAUAUAUAAAUUAUUAGUAUAUAUAAUAAGAUAUUAUUUUUUAUAUAAUAAAAAUAUUAAUACACAUAUUAAAAAUAAAAGUUUAAUAAAUUUUAGUAAUAAAAAAAUUAGAAUUCAAAAAGGAUUAGGUAAAGCUAGAUUAAAAAAUUUUAAAUCACCUAUAUGUAGACAGGGAUCUUGUAGUUUUGGUCCAAUAUAUAAUGAUAAUAAUUUAAAAAGAAAUAAAUUAGAAUAUAAGUUAGUUUUUAUAUAUUUAUUAUUAAAUAAGCGUAGUAAUAUAAUAAUAAUUAAAUUUGAAUAUCUUAUUAAUAUUUUUGAUAUAUUAUUAAAUAAUAAUAUAAAUUUAAUAAUUGAUAAUAUAUUAUAUUUUAAAGGAAUAUUAAAAAAUUAUUAUAUAUUAAAUUAUAAAAAUAUUAAUUUUAAUAAUAGAAAUAUAAUUUUAAAAUUUAUUAAUUAUGAAUAUAUAAUAUUUUUAAUAUGA